CUCCUCGCCGCCCUGCGCGCUCCCCGCCGCGCCCCGCGCCCCGCGCUCGCCGCCUGGCCUGGCCGAGGGAGCCCGCGCCCCGCCUCCGCCCGACCCUCCGCCCGCCACGAGAGCUGGGCACCUGUGCCAGGAGCCCUAUUGAAUCAACUGAGAAGUGACUGUCAGAGCAGACACCAUGAGCAUCUCAGCUCUCGGAAGCAGCACCAAAGGGAAGCCUCUCUCAGCAGGCGAGGAGGAACGCAGUAACGUCCUCAGGCAGAUGAAGGUGCGGACCACUCUGAAGGGGGACAAGAGCUGGAUCACCAAGCAGGAUGAAUCAGAGGGCCACACCCUAGAGCUGCCCUCUGGUCGGAGUCGUGCCACAUCCUUUUCAUCACCUGGGGAGGUCCCGAAGGCCAGAUCUGCGAGCACAAGGGCUUCCACUGGCUAUAUCAUCCGGGGCGUGUUCACCAAGCCCAUCGACAGCUCGUCCCAGCCCCAGCAGCACUUUCCUAAGGCCAACGGAGCUCCAAAAAGCAUGGCCAGUCUGGUGAGAGCAGCUCCCACUGGGCCUCUCCGCCCCUCUUCCUCUGGCUACAAGAUGACCACUGAGGACUACAAGAAGCUGGCACCCUACAACAUCAGGCGCAGCUCAGCCUCGGGGGCUGAUGAAGAGGAGGAUGUGCCCUUCUCUUCUGAUGAGCAGAAACGGAGGUCAGAAGCUGCAAGUAGUGUGGUGAGGAAGACAGCUCCCCGGGAGCGCUCCUACGUCCUGUCAGCGGCCAAGAAGAGCACGGGAAGCCCUGUUCAAGAGUUGCAGGCCCCAUUCAUUGCAAAGAGGGUGGAGGUGGUGGAGGAGGACGGGCCUUCUGAGAAGAGGCAGGACCCACCUGCUCUGACAAGAUCUCCUCCUGGCUCCAGCAGUGCGGAUGGAGGCCGAGCCAAAGUGUCUCGGGCAAUUUGGAUUGAGCGCAUGCCAAGUCUGCCAAGCCCUGCCGGGAGUCUGGAGCCCAGUGCAAGAGGUGAGGAAAUUGUCCGCCUGCAGAUCAUGACACCCGGGGCAGGACUCCGCCUGGUGGCCCCAGACCUGGAAGGAAUGAGGUCUUCCCCAGACUCCAAAGACAGGGAAGCCCUCAGCCCCAGAGAGCCCAAGAGAGAUUUGGCUGGUGAGGCCUUUAAGGGACCCAAUCCAGAUUCUGAAAGGUCAAGUGCACACUCCAGGGAUGGCAACGUGGGAUCCAGAGCCACAGGCUCCCCACUUGAAGGCUUGGCUGGAGCAGACAUCAGCUCUGGGAGAGGAGGGGUGUGCUCAGCUGCUGGCUUCAUGCCUCUCCUGGAUGAUGAUGAUGUGCAUGGUGCCAACUCUCAUGGUCGCAAACCUGGACUAGUGGUCACCAGCUCCGAUGCUACUUUGGCUUCUGCUGUACCAGCUAACAGGAAGAGCGACAGCCCAGCAGACCUGGAGGACAUGAAGGCAAAUUUUAAGGGCUCCUUGGCUGGUUUUGAGGAGAAGAAUGUGGUCAUCGAGCUGGGAGAAUCCUGGCAGGAGAAGCCUGCAGCCCCCAGAGGUGGCCACAGAGACCCAGCUGCACCUACCCAGCAGCCUGAAGAUCCCAGCACUCCAGAGCAUCAGAGCAACCCCAGAAGACCCCAGAAGUUCAUGGACUUGAAGACCCAGGCCAGCAGCUCAUUCUUCCUCAGCUCCUUGGCUGGUUUUGAGGAGAAGAAUGUGGUCACUGAGCUGGGAGAGACCUGGCAGGAGAAGCCCAGAGCCCCGAGAGGUGGCCAGGGAGACACGGCUGCACCCACCCAGCAACCUGAAGACCCUAGCACUCCAGAGCGUCAGAGCAGCCCCAGAAGACUCCAGCAGCUCAUGGAAUUGGAGAGCCAGGCCAGCAGGGUGAGAAACCCCUCGAGCUGUAUGGUCACUGUUACAGUCACUGCUGCUGCUGAGCAGCCUCACGUUUACAUCCCAGCCUCCCCAAGUGAAUUGGACUCCAGCUCAGCCAGCAAAGGGAUUCUCUUCGUGAAGGAGUACAUGAAUGCUAGUGAGGUAUCUUCCGGGAAGCUGAUGUCUUCACGUUACAGCAGCAUCAGCAAUACUGAGGACUCCUUCAACAUGGAGAAGAAACCCACAUAUGACAGCACGCCAUACUCUGAGAGAACAACCGGAGGAAUCUGUACUUACUGCAACCGAGAGAUCCGAGACUGUCCAAAGAUUACCCUCGAACAUCUUGGCAUCUGCUGCCAUGACUAUUGCUUUAAGUGUGGGAUUUGCAAUAAACCGAUGGGUGAGCUCCUGGAUCAGAUCUUCAUUCACCGUGACACCAUCCACUGUGGGAAAUGCUAUGAGAAACUCUUCUAGCUCCCGAAGCUGAUGACUCCUGGACAAGUUUGGCCAUCCUCAAUUGUCCCAAGUUGCUGGCUCUUCUUCCCUCACCAUUUGAUUUCUUCAUGCUUUUGCCCUUCUCAAGUUGAAUUUGCUUACAUCUAGUAGCAUAUGUUAAUGAUGCUAUGAUAAUUACUUGUGUGUGUAGCUUUUUAUAGGUCAGAAAGUGCUUCACAUCCAUGAUCUUAUAUCAGGUGCAAGCAAAGAGGAUUGAACAAGAAUUCCAUCUUUGCUUCCCUAAGGCAGGUUGGCUUCCUGACGAGUUUAGGUGGCCUGGUAUGAUAGGCAGAGGCAGAAGCAUUGGGUUCAGUGUGUACUGACUUGGGACAGAGAGCAAAUCACAUUUUGGUUCGCAUCUCUGAGUGUACCUUUGGGACUUUAGAAUACAAGGAGACCGCUGAUGCUUCUGAGGGACCAGGUUAAAGACUGAUGACGAUCCCUGGUGGGUAAAUCGCAGGCAUUGAAUGCUAGAGAUUGGCAUAGGCCAAUAUUUAGCUUGUCUAUUUGCCAUAUAUACAUGUUUAAACUUUCCAUAUACUUUUAAAAGUAGCUAGUUGCUUUUGAUUGAAGUAUAUAGCAGUUUUUAAUUACCUCCUUCUACCCACCUUUCACUAUAUAGUUGAGGUUAUUUUUCCUGAAGGUAUGUAUUAGAAAGUUUACAUAAUUUGGUUUAAAUUAUAUAGGAUGUGAUUCUUAGGAGGCUACAGACCAAAGGAACACCUAUGUCUGAACCUUGAUAGCUGAUUAAUACCUUUGCUCUCAAUUCCCAGUCCCUAAACUUGACACAGAAAUUUUCUAAAGUAGGUUUUAGAGUGUAUACACUCCAGCAGGAUUAAGAAGGGAGAAAAGCAACUAACAUCUCUCCAGGCCUUACUACAUUCCAGACAUCACAAAGUAAUGGUAUCAAUCCCCAUACUAAUUAUGUGCAGAGGGCAUUCUUGUCCCCAGUUUACAGAUGAGGGUAUUGAGACUCAGAAAAGUGGUCAUUGAAUUAUGCAGAACCAUUGCUGUUUCUCUCCAGUACAGUAACCACAACAACCAGCAUUAAUUUAGUGUUGAGUAUGUGCCAAGCACUGUGCGGAGUUUACUUAAUCCUGCCAGGUAACACAACACACCCCCCGCAAACCUCCCCUGAGGCAUGCUCUAACAAAGAGGGGAAGGUGAGAAAUUGCACUGCUCCUCCGGGCAUCCUGAGUCCCUCCCCCACCCCCCAUGAAGUACCAAACUGCCCCUCUCCCUCUCCUCUUUCUAUGAAAACAGCUCUGAACUGAGAUGCUCUCAUCUGGGAAGAGAUUUGCUCAGAGACCUUCCCAAAGAGGAAUUUGUCAACCCAGGGAAAACUCCAGUGGGCUAGCCAAUCUGAGCACAGGGCCUUCAGUGACCUAUUUCCCGGUCCAGACUCUGUCCACGCUAGUGGAAACCCAUUGGCUGGCUGGACAGAUGCAGGCCAGUGAUGCUCUGUUCAGGUUCAAUUAUUCUUCUCUGUCUUUGGGACCAGCAUCACUGUAUAAGCUUCUUGAGAAGAGUUACAACCUCACAGUGUUUCUAAUGAAAAAUGAGGGCCUCUUCUCUUGAUUUAAUUAGAAAAUGUCUCCCAUCUCUCUCCAGUUUCUGAGCCCUAUGCACGUUGGCUGGUGGACUUGUUCUUCCUGCCAAAUGAUUGAGUGGAACAUUCCAGUUAUUUGCAUAGAUGUGCAUCAGAUUUUCUCUGAGGGGAAUAAAUGGCACGGAUCACCAACACUAAAUGUAAGCUGGUCUUUCUGAAGUCUAGCCUACAGCAUGGUACUUCCCACACGGUAGGCACUGACACAUAGAUGCUAAGUGAAUAAGUGAAAGGGAAAGAAAGGUCACUCCUUCGUGUAGGAAAUGCUAUCUCUGAGUCUUGGUACAGGCCCAGCUGAUGGAGUGCAGAAUAAAGAGGUCCAAGAUAGGCUGGCUCCCCCACCUUCAAGAUACACUCUGCCUUUAAGGCAGUUUUAGAACCAACAUGCAAGAUAUUGACAGAAAGCUUGCAAGACCAAUAUUGAUUUCAAUCCAAAACAACCUCUUUCAAUUCUAAAAAGGCAUGGAAUUCUGCAGACUCCAGGAAGAGGGGUGGUUGCAUUACACUUUUGCUUUUUAAUUACCUAAUGUUUUUAAUCAUACUUGCUUAACCCACAUUAAUGUACACACUUAUAAUAAAUGUUAAGAUAUUA